AUGAAACUCCUUAAAGUUUUCCAGCGUCGAAACACUGACAACAGUGAGAAAUUGUUUCUCGCAAAAGGAAUGCCUCCAGAUGGAAUGAGCGCUGAAGAUAAGAAAAGGAUUAAGCUAAGAUACAAAGAUACUGCAAAACAUGUGAUUUGGCCGGCUUGUCGACUACCUGAGACUCCUAUUAAGCAACCAAUCGGCGCGGCUCCUCUCUCACCAACUGAAUUCGGUCGGAGUAAUAAAACGGCUGAAAUCGAGGACCCUCGAACACCGUUUCCAAAGCCGGCAAUCAACGCCGUUCUUCGAUCUGACAGUGAAGCAUCGAGUGAUGAUGAGGAUGUCAUUUUUAUGACAAGAUUA